AUGGAGCCUGGCCAUGACUGGGUCACUUCUCAGAAGGUGCUCUGCCAGUGGGGAGAGAUUACUACCAAGACUGGUUUAGCGUACUCCGUAUAUGCCGCUACAGAAGACAUGCCUCCGAAUGCCGCCUUUUUCUCAUCUGAUGGCGACUAUCUUAUUGUGCCACAAUCAGGAGUGUUGGAUAUCCAUACCGAACUGGGCAACAUUCUAUUAAGACCAUGUGAAAUUGCGGUGAUCCCUCGGGGAAUCAAAUGUCGAGUUAAUCUGGUAGCUGGACCUGCCCGUGGUUAUAUUUGCGAGCUGUUCCAUGGCCACUUCCAGUUGCCUGAACUUGGCCCACUGGGUACGUCCGCACUUGCGAAUCCACGCGAUUUCCAGGUUCCGACGGCUGCUUUCGAUGGUACAGUCAGCGACGGUGUGGCAACCUGCGAGGCUGCCGACUGGACCGUGAUAAAUAAGUUCAACGGCAAGCUAUUCUCCUGUACUCGGAACCAAACGCCAUUCAAUGUCGCAGCAUGGCAUGGUACAUACUAUCCGUACAAGUACGAUCUCGGACGCUUCAACGUUAUUGGAAGCCUCCUUUACGAUCACCCCGAUCCAUGCAUCUUCACGGUUCUUACCGCCCCCUCAUAUCGAGAGCCAGGAACUGCCUUGAUCGACUUUGCCGUCUUCCCUCCACGCUGGCAGUUUGUUGGUAUGAUUAUGAAGGAGGCAGACCCAAGCGGUGACCUGGUAUUCAAGCCAUUUGGAGGAAUGAUAACUGGGCCAAUGACGCCACACGGCUCUACUAAAAAGGAGCAUGAGGAAGAGAGGGCGAAAGAGUUCAAGCCGAAGAAGAUUGGGAUGGAACCGUUCCUAGCUUUCCUGUUCGAGUCUGAAGUUAUGAUGAGGGUUAGAGAAGCCGGAUCAGAGCAUGUUCAGAGCUCGUAA